AAACGCCCACAAAACUCCGCACCAGCUCGCACACGCAGGCCUCACCCCGCCCCACCACCACCUUCCCCCACACGGCAGACGGACAGCUUAGCGCCGCGCCGAGCCAGCGAAGCAGCAGCAGCCCAGCCGCAGCCGCCGCGCCGGCACAGCACAAUCCUUCCCUCCCUCCCUCGCGCUAGCUAGCUAGCUAGCUAAUCACCCACUAAAUACUCGCUCGCUCCGCCCCCGGCCUCCCCUCGCCUCGCCUGCGCCCCAUUCCGUUCCGCCCGCGCUUUAACCCGCUAUUGAUUGAUUGAUUAAUUAAUUAACGGAGCCCACUUGCGCUGCUCUAAUUCCGCCAGCAGCAGGAGCAGCGGCAGGAGGAGGAUCUCCAGCCAGCGGGGAUUGGAUCGGGCGGCGGUCGAUGCCGGCUGGCGGGGCAUGGCGGGGCGCCGAGCGAUGAGGCCGGCCGCGUCCACGGGAGGCGGCAUGCGGGGGCUCGCCGCCGCGGCGCGCUCCUCGCCCGCGCUCUCCUUCCUGCUCGCCGCGGCCGCGGCCGCCGCGCUCGUCGGGGGCGCCUACUUCUGGGUGGUGGUCGCCUCGUUCCGCCUCCCCGAGCCCGGGGCCCUCGGGUGCCGGCCCGACGGCGAGGGCUCCUGGGCCAUCGGGGUCUUCUACGGCAGCAGCCCCUUCCACCUCCGCCCCAUCGAGCUGGAAGGGAAGAGCAGCGCCAACGGCUCCGCGUGGCCGGUGGCCAACCCCGUCCUCACCUGCGCCUCCGCCACCGACGCCGGCUACCCCAGCAACUUCGUCGCCGACCCCUUCCUCUACCUGCAGGGCGACACACUGUUUCUUUUCUUUGAAACAAAAACAACUUCCUCAAUGCAUGGUGAUAUUGGUGUUGCAAGAAGCUUCGAUCAAGGUGCAACAUGGGAGUUUCUUGGUAUUGCUCUAGAUGAGGCAUGGCACCUGUCCUACCCUUUUGUGUUCAAAUACGAGAAUGAGAUUUAUAUGAUGCCAGAGGGGAACAAAAAGAAGGAGCUUCGACUUUAUCGUGCUACUAAAUUUCCGCUUGAGUGGACAUUGGAGAAGGUGCUCAUCAACAAACCACUUAUUGACGCCUCAUUAGUCCAAUAUGAGGAUAACUGGUGGCUCUUUGCCUCGGAUUUUACACGGUAUGGAACUGAGAAGAAUGCAGAGCUUGAGAUUUGGUACAGUAGCUCUCCUCUUGGUCCUUGGAAAGAGCACAGGCAGAACCCUAUUUACAAAGCUGACAAAAGUUUGGGAGCUCGAAAUGGUGGAAGGCUCUUCAUGUUUGAAGGGUCGUUGUAUCGUCCAGGUCAGGAUUGCAGUGGAACCUAUGGGCGGAAGAUUAAGUUGUACAAAGUUGAAAAGCUAAGCAAGGAAGAAUACAAAGAGGUGCCAGUAGAACUUGGGAUUGAAGAGCCAAAGAAGGGGAGAAAUGCCUGGAAUGGUAUGAGGUACCAUCACUUGGACGCGCAGCAACUUGAGUCAGGUAGAUGGAUAGCUGUAAUGGAUGGUGAUCGUGUUCCUUCAGGCGAUUCAACACGAAGGUCUAUCUCUGGUUACCUGGGUUUUUUGCUAGCCAUAGUUCUGGUCACUUUUGUGGGUUUUGUGAAAGGUGCAAUCAAUUGCUACAUCCCUCCGAGUUUCUGGGCUGCCCCGGCAAGGAGAAAUGAAUUGUCCCGUAUCUUGCCUGUCUACCGCUUCAACCAGAAAGUCCGCAGAUAUUCUACCAGCCUUGGCAGAUACAUCACAGCCACCAAAGCAAGGCUCAAUGAGAAAACAUGGUCCAACAAGCUGUUCUUCUGCGUCAUUGCUCUGUUGGGGACCGUGAACGUCUGCAUCGCUGUGCAUUUCCUACUUGGUGGUAAUGGCACGGAAGAGGCAUACACACAUCAAGGUCAGCGCUCUCAGUUCACGAUGGUCACCAUGACAUAUGAAGCUCGGCUAUGGAACUUGAAAAUGUUCGUCGAACACUACUCCAGAUGCGAGUCGGUCAGGGAGAUAGUUGUCGUCUGGAACAAAGGCAACCCUCCUGGCAGCGAUGCCUUCGACUCCACGGUGCCUGUCAGGAUACGAGUGGAGGAGCUCAACUCUCUCAACAACAGGUUCAGAGUCGACCCUCUGAUAAAGACCCGGGCCGUCCUCGAGCUGGAUGAUGACAUCAUGAUGACCUGCAGCGACGUAGAGAAAGGGUUCAAGGUGUGGAGGGAGCACCCCGAGCGGAUGGUCGGCUUCUACCCGCGGAUGAUCGACGGCGACCCCCCGCAGUACAGGAACGAGCGGUACGCCAGGGGCAAGAAGGGCUACAACCUGAUCCUCACCGGUGCCGCAUUCAUGGACAGUGAGUUUGCCUUCAGGAGGUACUGGAGCGAGGAGGCCAGGGAAGGGAGGGACUACGUGCACAAGAACUUCAACUGCGAGGACCUGCUGAUGAACUUCAUGUACGCGAACGCGAGCUCCGGCGCCGGGGGGAGGACGGUGGAGUACGUGCACCCGGCAUGGGCCAUCGACACCUCCAAGCUCUCCUCCGUCGCCAUCAGCCGCGACACGCAGAAGCACUACGACGUCAGGACCAAGUGCCUGGCCAAGUUCUCCUCCAUAUAUGGCCCUCUGCCACAGAAAUGGGAGUUUGGCAGGCGAGAAGAUGGCUGGGACAAAUAGCCCGGACUCUGGACAGUGGGGGCGGGAGAUGGUACACAACCAACAGAUGCAAAUAUGCUUAGAACUUUUUUUUGUUGUUGGUCCCGUGGGAAGUUUUGCAGCAUGGGACGGAAAUGCUAUAACCUGCUUGGUAGAAGUGUCUAUUAGAUUUGGCUAGAAGCCUAGAGUGCAGUAGAUCAAGCUCUGUUCAGUGUCCGGUUCCUCAAAGAACUUGUGGGAUCAAUGCUCAUAUAGGCCAGCUGCAAUGCGCUAAGAUUCAAUUGGAUUGUAUGCCUGUCUUUUUUCUUUUCUCAUAGAUGUUCUUUUUGCACUUGUUUUCCAUAAUUGUAAAUGGUGUGAUUUUGCUUAUCUACGUGCAAGGAAUGAAUUCAUCUUA